AUAGCAAGGUGUAGCCUAUUUUGUGGUGUCAAGUAGGCUAACGCAAAGCCCACAAUCCCGCCAUUGGACGCAGCCUGGCAUGUUGACGUUAGCUGGUUAGCUAGCCAGCCAGCCAGCUAACUGUUUCACCCAUAGACAGUAAUAGAUAGUUCACCCUGUUAAUACUUUUGUGACAUGAUGAAAUGGCAGUGCUAACCUGAACUGCCAUUCUUGCAUUGUCUAACAACGUUAAUUCAUGAGAACAUAUGGCUACUUUGAUUUACUCCUGAAAAGCUACUUACUCGGAGCUAGCACUUGUUGCAUGUAAUCUGUAUUGUUAAACGUUUGCUCUAGCGUAAUCAAUUUAGUUUACGUUAUAUCAUAUUAUUUUGUGUAGUUCGCUAGCGUUGUAUGUGGUUAGUGACUACCAGACAGAGCAGAUACGGUUCUGGUGGUAAGCUGAAGCAAUUCAGUGAUCUCAAAACAACAGUGGGGGCAAUCUAGCUCAGUGGCUGCUGCUAGCAAGCUGGCCAUCGCUUCUGUCAACAUGACCAGUGCCUCUACUAGCUGGCAGCCAGUAAGCAUCAGGACAGUUCCUCAGCGACCAAUAUUGUAGAGCAGAUGAAAGUUAUCCAUCAAUGGCUAACGUUAGCUUCUUCAGUCGUUAAAUGUUAAUACCUGUAGCACAUAUCGUCACUUACUGUAUCUCACUGUAUCAGUUGUUGUGUCCAUAGCUAGCUAGCAUAUUGCUUGUGUUUAUUUCGGCCUGCCUGACAUGCCCCAACAAGUGCGUGCCACCUUGAAAAUAUUCAUAACGUUACCUUUCCUGUGACGUCUUCAGAUCCACCCUGAAUCGGGGUUCAGUACGCCAUGCUCGAUCCGCUGGAGAACGGUCUGUAUGAUAUCCCAGACUAUGAUAACAUAGACGACGAGGCAUUCCCGCCUUUGCCUCCCCCAGCAUCUCCCGGACAAGAGGACAAUGACGGGGAUCCAUUCGCAAAUGGUGAUGAGGAUGGAGAAGUCUCAAAGCUGCCUGAUGUUCCUAAAAGACGAGGAGUUAAGAGGCCUCAACCCAAGUUGGACUCUCAGAGACUCACAUCUGAAAGAGGACUCCCAGCACUUCGAAACAUGUUUGAUAAUGUUACAUUCAAAGGCAAAGGACAUGAGGCGGAUGAUCUCAGGGUCUUGAUGCAGAGGAUGGAGAACUGGGCACACAGGCUGUACCCCAAACUCCAGUUUGAGGACUUCAUCGACAAGCUGGAAACUCUUGGUGCCAAGAAGGAAGUGCAGACCUGUCUCAAACGAAUACGGUUGGACAUGCCCCUCACACACGAGGACUUCAUUGGUCAUGAAGACGAGCCUCAGAACCAUGUCCCAGACGAGCCUCAGGACCGCGUUCCAGAUGACCCGUUUGGAGAAGGGAACUUCCCAGAAGACCCCUUCAUACAUUCCACGCCCGCCCCCGCCCCCACCUCGGUGUCCCUGUCAGAGGAGCAACAGAGACGCAUCGAACUGAACAAGCAGCUGGCCCUGGAGAGGAGACUGGCCCGAAUGCAGCAGCAGCAGCAAGGUGCUUCCCAGGCGGAUGGGAGUGGUGCGGCGGAGGAGCCCUCGCCGAGUACGUCCACGUCCGCGUCCACGUCCGCGUCCACGUCCACUCCCGUGAGCCAGGAGGACGUACAGGAACAGGACCAGGAGCCAGAGGAGCAGGGCAAAGAGACUGGCAGCUCGGAGCACAGUGCUGCUGCCGACACGUCCGAAGACAAAGCUCCACCACCGGACUCGCCGUUAUUUGAUGACGAGGGGGACUCUCCGGCUCCGGCACUGACCAAUGGCGUGGUGGACAGUAGUGAUUGACCACACCCCCUUGCCACUGCCUUUCACCACGACAACCAUGAACAGACUCUGCGUAGGCCACCAAUCAGGCUGGUCUGCUUUUCUACAAAGAAAAUUCAGUUUAACUCGUCCACGUGCAUCAAUGCAAGCCAAAUAACUAACAGCUUGUGUCAACGAAUACCCAAUCAUCUCAUCCAAGCCAAGAUGAACAGGUCGUCAACGUACUCCAUAUUGAACUCCAGAGCUUUGUUGAGCCAUCUGAUUGAUCACCUUGAAAAGCCUUAUGAUGAAGCUCGGACGCAGGCUGCGUUUGAUUGUGUGUUUCGUGCCUCCACAUGUGUGAGUGGCAGUACUGUAGGCCACGUCGAGCACCGCUGGUUUAGUUUGAUCGGCCAUGAGACAUAGAAGGCAGACAGGAAGACCCAAAUGUGCAGGUGGAAUAUUCUUACCACUCUCAUCUGUCCCAACGCACUUCUCAUUUCUUUUUUUGUUUUGUUUUGUUUAGUUUUUUUCCAGUUGUUCUUUGUUUUUAUCCUGUUUUGUUCUUUGUAAUUCUUGUGUUCUUUUAAUAAAGUUUGUUCUUUGUGUAAGCA